CCGCAGAGCAAGUACGAACCGUGGAGACGAGAUAGGCGCGGCGUCUGGAACGACGUGUAAUCACAGACAGCACAAGGUCUGUUCAUUCACCAAGCGGCAUCAUUUCGUAGUCUAAAAAACGACAGAAAGAAGCCUAGCCAUGGAUUUCCUUGGAAAGAACCAUUUCUAUGCCAUUGACACAUGGUUAAACUCUGCAGUGGAUAAACUAUUUGGAGAGAGAGAUCCAAGAGUACGAGGUUGGCUGCUACUGGACUCCUGCACACCCACUCUGGUCCUCACCUUCAUCUACCUCCUGAUAGUCUACUUGGGACCAAAGUACAUGAAAAACAAGACAGCUUACUCUCUGAAGAAUGUAUUGCUAUUGUACAACUUCGGUGUCACUAUGCUGUCCUUCUACAUGCUAGUGGAGCUUAUCUCAGCAACCUGGUCAGCAGACUACAAACUGAAAUGUCAAGGGCUGUUUGAUGCAGGGGAGGGUGACAUCAGGGUAGCGAAAGUGUUGUGGUGGUACUACUUUUCUAAGCUGAUUGAGUUUCUUGACACCAUCUUCUUUAUACUAAGAAAGAAGAACAAUCAGAUCACCUUCUUGCAUGUGUAUCACCACGCCUCCAUGUUUAACAUCUGGUGGUGUGUUCUCAACUGGAUCCCUUGUGGACAGAGUUUCUUUGGACCCACACUGAACAGCUUCAUCCAUGUGCUGAUGUAUUCAUACUACAGCUUGUCCACCAUUCCCUCCAUGCACAACUACCUGUGGUGGAAACGCUAUCUCACACAGGCGCAGCUGAUUCAGUUUAUAUUAACUAUAACACACACAUUAAGUGCAGUGGUUUUCCCCUGUGGUUUUCCUCUGGGCUGCCUGUUAUUUCAGUCCAGCUACAUGGUUACACUUGUUAUCUUGUUCAUCAACUUUUACAUGCAGACAUACAGAAAAAAGACAGCCAGAGAUGACAAAGCAAGAGAAAUGAUGAGAAACCACAAAAACGGCAUCCUAUCCUGUGUUAAUGGAGCCAAACAUAAGCUGCAGUGAUGAUGAAUCAUGACUCUUCAAAAUUAAACGUUUGUUGAUUAAUCUAAUAGCAGGGAUAAUCCACUUUAAUUGUAAUACUGUACUUGUGCUUUUUAUAUAGAGUACUGUUUUUAACCUUUUGCAUUAUGUUUUUGUUUGUUCCUCUCAAGACUUGACAAUGUUAAUGAUUUCAGUGCUUUACUGUACCGCUGUAUAUUAGUGAUACACUCAAUAUCUUGGGCAUUUGGAAAUAAUCUGUGAUAUUUUGAGUCAGGGGAAUUCCUUAAUCCAUACUUUCACAUUUCAUCAUAUUAUCAAUUGCCCUCAAAAGUCCAGUCCAGAUUGGUUUCAUUCAUGCUUUAUCCCUCUUUGAUGAUCAUAUACACAGAGCAAUUUACAGACACACUGGCAUCAUUAUAAUACGUGGUUGAUCACCGCGAUAAUAUGGCGAAUUCAAUCAGUAGAAAAAAGUCCUAUCCGGAUGGGAUUAAAUUUACAUGGGGUCCUGGGUUUGCAGGGUUUCUGGUUUGCAGGUGCUCCUCUGUGACUUUACCACCAUCCAGAUUGGCCAUAUUGAUAUUUUGUAUAUCUUUGUCUUACUCUGAGAAAAUUACAGGCCUAAUUACGUACUGUUUUUCACCAAACUCAGCAGUUUUCUGAUCAUUUUAGUCUCAUCAGGAUGCACAUGUCCAUGAUUUUCUAUGUAGAUGUCGCCUCUUGUUGGAAAAAUAAUAUGUUUGACUGCUGCUACUUGCUAUAUUUAGUCUCAUAGUGCAUGUAUCAGUGACCCUCUCCCAGAUUUUAAACACUUAAUGGGUCAUGGAAAAAAAAUUGUAUGCUUAUCAUAUACUUCGUGGUUGUUUUAUUAUAUUUUCAAAUUGUUGCUGGAACUUAGUGGUUCGUCCCAAAAUGAUACAAGAGCCAGCAUCUUUUCUCUACUCCAGUGCCUCUACAACUGCUUGGACGUCACUUUGUGAAUGGAGUAUGAUCAUAUGACCAUGAGGCACAAACACACACAUACAUAAAAAACACAACUCCAUAGAAAUCUACUGCUACUGUGGUAAUUUUAUUGCUGUCUGGAUGCGAGAUCAUCACUGAGGAGACUGAUUGAAAAAUUGACUACUGACAUCUCCCUAAACUAAUUCAAUCUGAAUAGAGCUAAAAAGUACUUUUGGACUACUGCAACAUGAAUGGUUGAAUGUAUGGCCAUGCUGACUUCAGAGUGUUUCAAAAACACAGUGCCUUGCAGAAGUAAUCAAAAUGUCUGAUAUGGAUUUUAAUUAAUUUGCUCCCAGCAUAAUCCUACAUAUUCAAAACUCAUAUGAAACAAUUACAUUAAAUCACAACUUUAUUUAUUUUGCCUUUUUGUAAAGCAAGCCCAGAUUACGUACAGCUACCUUUAUUUUGCCUGAACAUUGCCCUGAUUGACCCAUGUCCUGGUGAAAUUUUUUUUGUUGUUUGUUUGUUUUAACUCCGAUAUAAUUAUUCAUUGUCUUUCAGGAACUGAAGCAAGGUUUCAUGUUGUACAUACCCAGUUAUACCUACAUAACUUACUUCCAUUUUAGUACUUUGCAGACAGAACUGAUUAUUAGCAGCUGUUAGAGGACAUUUAAUGACAAUUAUUUAAUUAUUUAUAGAAUACUGAUAAUAUAUAAAAGUUAAGAUUUCAAUAACACAGUAUAACACAAUAUGAAUACAUCAUCACACCCCUAAUGUCAAUGUUUUUAAGAGAUACAUUAUCUAGUGUGCUCCCUUCAUACAGACCUGAGCUCUCCUACUUGUAUUUAGGGCAAACAGUGUACUGUCUAUAAAAAUAUAUAUAAAAUUGCCCUAAAAUGCAUCAUCUUACACAUAAUUAUUGGGCACCACUUUUCAUAAAGAAUGCUGGACUAAUUCUGUGUUGUAGCAAAUUUUAUUUUCUCUUGAUCUUUAGAUUUAAUAAAUUCUAUUCAAAUCUAUGAUUCUCAAAAAAUAAACUAGUAUUUGUCGAAUCAAUAAUUUCUUGUAUUUUUUAAUGGGUAAAGUGCAGUCCUUCAGUAUUUUGGG